AUGGAGGAAAAGGAAGGGGUGGUAGUGGCGUUUGGCGAGAUCGGACUAGAUUACGACCGGCUCUAUCUCGCGGAGAAAGAGGUGCAGUUGAAAUACUUCGAGGCGCAGCUCGAUCUGGCCGUGAAGGUGCAAUUACCGCUAUUUUUGCACAUGAGGGCCGCUGCGGAAGAUUUUGAACGAUUGCUUAAGCCGAGGCUGGAGCGGUUGCCGAAACGGGGACUUGUGCAUAGCUUUACGGGUACGAAGACGGAGAUGGAGAGCUUGGUGGAGAUGGGGUUGGAUAUUGGGAUCAAUGGGUGUAGUUUGAAGACGGAGGAGAAUUUGGAGGUCGUGAAGGCCGUGCCGUUGGAGAGGCUACAGAUUGAGACUGAUGGGCCGUGGUGCGAGAUGAGACCCAGUCAUGCGAGUGCGAGGUGGAAAGUGGGCGGGCCGGAGCUGGUGGGGAGUGUGAAGAAGGAGAAGUGGGAGAGGGGGAAGAUGGUGAAGGGACGGAAUGAGAGUUGUGCUAUUGGGCAGGUUGCGUGGGUCGUUGCGAGGGUUAAGGGGGUGGAGGUGAAAGAGGUAGCGGAAGCUGCGUGGAGGAAUUCGAUCAGGAUGUUUGGGUUGGGGGAGAUAGAGAAUGGGUGA